AUCUGCCUGUGUCUUUCCAUUUCUCUAACUUCACAUUACCAGAAAUGCACAGUUCAUGUGGGAUGACAUUUAUUCAAGGUGAUUGGGAGAUUUUAACUUAGAUCUCCAGCAAGUGCUACAUGGAAGAAAAGAUCCUGAAGAAUCAAUCAAGUUUUCCGUGAAGUCAAGUCCAAGUAACAUCCCUGCCUUAACCACAAGGAAGAGAAAUGAAGCACAUUAUCAACUCAUAUGAAAAUAUCAACAACACAGCAAGAAAUAAUUCCGACUGUCCUCGUGUGGUUUUGCCGGAGGAGAUAUUUUUCACAAUUUCCAUUGUUGGAGUUUUGGAGAAUCUGAUCGUCCUGCUGGCUGUGUUCAAGAAUAAGAAUCUCCAGGCACCCAUGUACUUUUUCAUCUGUAGCUUGGCCAUAUCUGAUAUGCUGGGCAGCCUAUAUAAGAUCUUGGAAAAUAUCCUGAUCAUAUUGAGAAACAUGGGCUAUCUCAAGCCACGUGGCAGUUUCGAAACCACAGCCGAUGACAUCAUCGACUCCCUAUUUGUGCUCUCCCUGCUUGGCUCCAUCUUCAGCCUGUCUGUGAUUGCUGCCGACCGCUACAUCACCAUCUUCCAUGCACUGCGGUACCACAGCAUCGUGACCAUGCGCCGCACUGUGGUGGUGCUUACGGUCAUCUGGACGUUCUGCACGGGGACUGGCAUCACCAUGGUGAUCUUCUCCCAUCAUGUGCCCACAGUGAUCACCUUCACGUCACUGUUCCCGCUGAUGCUGGUCUUCAUCCUGUGCCUCUAUGUGCACAUGUUCCUGCUGGCUCGAUCCCACACCAGGAAGAUCUCCACCCUCCCCAGAGCCAACAUGAAAGGGGCCAUCACACUGACCAUCCUGCUCGGGGUCUUCAUCUUCUGCUGGGCCCCCUUUGUCCUUCAUGUCCUCUUAAUGACAUUCUGCCCAAGUAACCCCUACUGUGCCUGCUACAUGUCUCUCUUCCAGGUGAACGGCAUGUUGAUCAUGUGCAAUGCCGUCAUUGACCCCUUCAUAUAUGCCUUCCGGAGCCCAGAGCUCAGGGACGCAUUCAAAAAGAUGAUCUUCUGCAGCAGGUACUGGUAGAAUGACUGAUCCCUGGUUUUAGAAUCCGUGGGAAUAACAUUGCCAAGUGCCAGAAUAAUGUAACAUUCCAACAAAUGCCAGUGCUCCUCACUGGCCUUCCUUCCCUAAUGGAUGCAAGGAUGAUCCCACCGGCUAGUGUUUCUAAUAGCUAGGUUCUAUGUGAACAGUCUUAUUGUAGGGGCAACUUCUUAACUUUGUGACUGGACAGAUAAAACGAUGUAGUAAAAGAAGGAUAGAAUACAAAGUAUUAGGUUGGUACAAAAGUAAUUAAGGUUUUUGCCAUUACUUUCAAUGACCAAAAAUUGCAAUUACUUUUCCACCAAUCUAAUAAAAACAGCAAUAAAAACUCAAGGGCUUUGGGCUAAGGAAAAGGCUUGCUUUCCUGUGGACAUCUAACAAGCCAGUUCUGAGGUGGCCUUUCCAGGUGGAGGCCAUUGAAGCCGAUUUCCAGAAGUUAAGUACCUGGGCAUGCGACUCCAGGCAGAAGAUGUAGGGUCUUUGUAAGCCAAUAAUAAAUUGGAAGGAAUGCAUUGCUGCAGCUGAAUUUGUCUGUCUCCCACAGCCAUGUGGAAUCUCCGCCCUCCUCUUUCUCCCUGUUAGUCUGAUGUAUUGAUGCCACCUCAGUUUCAGAAAGCAGGCUGAGUAUAAACUAUAAAUGUCAAAUAAUGAGCUUCGAGUUUCCAAUAAUAAAUGGACCUUCUCUGUUAGUCUUCUUUGCUCACUCAGUAUCCCACUGGCCUUAAAACCCUUUCCUGUUACAUUUCCUCAUGCUUUAUGAGCAUACAUUUCAAAGGAAGAAAUGAAAAUUUAAUCCAUUUAGUUCCCAUGUGGGAAUACAUAAAGGCCAGAUGAAAACUGUCACUAUUUGAAAAAGCUGUAACCAAACUAUGUGUGUUUGCCAAAAUGUAGAAGUACAAGAAAAGAGCCCCAAUAUGUAUUUUAAGAAAUAGAGAGAAAGAGAGACAGAGAGAGAGUGUGUGUGUGUGCGUGUGUGUGUGUGUGUGUGCAUGUGUGUGCGCGUGUGUGUGUGUGUGUGCGUGUGUGUGUGUGUGUGUGUGUGUGUGUAUUUUCCCCAUGCUUUUGGACUAUGGGGAAAACCAAAACCAAAACAAGACUUCAAGCAACGGUGCUGUUAUUAGAGCCCCAAGUCAAAGACCUGAGGGAGGCAAACACCACCUCAUUCUGCAGAUGAAUGUGAAAGCAGAGCCAGUCACUGGGAAAUGUCAUCCUCCCAUCAGCCAAGAUGCCAGCAAUGGAAGAGUGGCAACCCCAGUAGGAAUAAAAGAAACAUAAUUUGCAAGUUCAUUCAUUUUUAAUAGCUAAAAAUCAGCUUAAAGGAGAAGCACAUCCUGAUUGUAAGUCCCCACUAAGUUGGAGGGUGACUUGAAUGGGGUGAAAGGUGAAAGGGACAGAGGAGAGCAGUGGGGCUUCAGGGGCCACCACGCUUGGGAUCUGCAGGAUGGAUGGUAUCUUCCAGAACAGGCAAUGCUUUGCCCUCAGGAGAGUUUCCCAGAGCUGCUGAGGGGAGAAGAGAGCCACACACAGGACAGACCAUUUGGUGAUGGGUUUGAUAUUAGAAGUGGCAGGGACAGGAACUUCAGAAGCAAAGGAGGCAGCUGGAGUCAAGUGAGGACAGUGGCAGGCGUGCUUUCACAUGGCCUGUCCCACAGAUGGAGGUGAAAGGUGCACCUUCUUGUCCUCUGUUCUGUAGAAAUCCUUCCCUGUUUGAUCCUUCCCCUGCCAAAUGAACUAUGCUACUCUAAUACUAACCUGUAUUAAUUAAUAUACGAGAUAUAUAUGUUAAUUUUCCAUGAAAUCUAAAGCACAACCCUAGAACUAAUUUUUAAAAGUGUUAUUUCUGCCAUUGAAAAAGUAAUGUAUAACAUAUUUUAUGUGAUUAAAGUGCGUAUUCUCAAUAAGAGGUAACCUUUUUUUGAUGCUGCAAUGCUCUGUGAUACCACAGAGGUAAGCAAUGCCACUUAACCUCUAUCAUAAAUAGUCCCAAACUGCUCUUCCUAUAAAAUUCUGCCUUUGUCAACAGCUUUGCUGUCUCCUACUCACUCUCAAGCUCUCUGCUGUGCAUGUGACUGUUGUCAGAAGGAAAAUCACCAAGAAACUUCACCUCUCACUGCCUUUGAUUUGUUGCAUUUAAUCUAAGAAACAAAAUGAAGAUGGCUAGUCUAAUGAUGGAUGAAAGAAAAAUGAAGUCUGAGUGCUAAUUCAGAGAACUUGCAAUUCUAGACAUUUUCAAUUCUAGGUCUUCUGCUAUAUUCCAAUCAGAACAGAAGCUUCAGGGCUCAUAGUUAUUGAGAAAACUCAGGUUUUUCUACCUCUAACUUCAUAUAGAAUUCCAAAUGAAAGCACCACCAAACUACACAUAUUUGUGUGAGGAAGAUCAACAAGGUUCAGACUUUUCCCAUGAGGACUUAAUUCUUUUAUCAAAUUACCCAGUUUUUAAACUGCUGUGUGGAUACUGUGAGUGUUCAGCUUUAUCGAUGACCUAGCCUUGGACCAGAUAGCUGAAAAUGUUCAGGAUGUGUACUCAAGCUGAUAGUAAUUCUGAGCCCUGUCUAAUAAAAAAGGAAGGAUGU